AUGCUUCAAAUGAGUCUCUUCACUCCUUCUCCCUCGCGGCGUAAACACAAGGUGUCACCACCAUCGGUAUUCAUCCCCGAUGAACUCAUUGCAGAAGUGUUAUCAUGUCUUACUGUAAAGCAACUGUUGCGUCUCAGAUGUGUGUGCAAGUCAUGGAACUCUCUCAUCUCCGAUCCAACCUUCGUCAAAUUACACCUUAACAGGUCUUCACAAAAUACUUAUAUCACGCUUGUAGAUGACGAUGAUUUUAUGGUCGCAUACAUCGCGUUUUUUCCUUUGUUCGAGAAAUCUCUGAACUACUUCACUCUUCCCAAGGAUCCUUACUUUCAAAUGAAAGACAAUGAAUACUUUUUUCGAAACAAUGAACUCCAUUUUGUAGUUGGUUCCUGCAAUGGAUUGCUAUGCUUGUUAGGCCACUCUAUUGUCGAUGAAUAUAUUGAGAAGAUAUGGUUUCAAAUUUGGAACCCGGCCACCAAGACAAUAUCACAAAGAUUAUGUUUUUGUUCUUCUUGGCAUGACGAAGACAGUAUCAUUGAUCCUUUUAGUUUCACAUUUGGUUGGGAUGAAUCAACUAACACAUAUAAGGUGGUGGAGUUAAAGAGCACGAAGGUAAGAGUUUUCAGCUUGCGCGAUAAUACUUGGAGAUAUAUUCAAUAUCCUCAUGGAUAUCUCAGCGAAGAUUCUGCGGUGUAUCUCAGCGGAAGAGUUAGUUGGUUGGCAAUUCAGUAUCACUCAGGUUCUUAUUACGACAGCAAUGAUAUUACUAUCAAGCAAUUUGUGAUUAUUUCAAUUGAUUUGGGUACUGAGACACAUACUCAGUUGCUACCUCCUAAGGGUUUUGAUAAAGAUUUUGAUGAAAUGCCAUUUAUCGAGCCAAGAUUAAGCGUGUUAAAUGAGUGUCUUUGUUUUUCUUAUAAUCUCAAACAAGUUCAUUAUGUUAUAUGGCAAAUGAAGGAGUUUGGAGUGGAAGACUCUUGGAUUCAGUUUCUUAAAAUUAAUUAUCAUAAUCUUCAAAUGGAUUAUCUAUUUGAUGGCUGUUCUUUGUUGCCGGAAUGUGUUUUGGAGAAGAAUGGUACAUUAUUAUUGACAAGCAGACCUAGUGGCAAAGCAAUUUUCUAUAACUUGAGAGAUAAUAGAGUGGAGAAAAUCAUUAGCCUUUGGUGGUGGAUUAGUGUGAGUUAUGUUGAAAGUUUGGUUUCCUAUUUUUGA